AUGUAUGACAAUCCUGUGUUUUCAGCUCUGGGGGACCCAAACUCGGAGCGGCAGAGCCUGAUCUCCUCCCUCAGUAAGGGAACGUUUGAGACUGGCGACGAGGCUUGGAAGGCCAACACAACGCUCAUCAUGAAGAGCUGCCUCCGAGAUGGCACUAUUUUGAGACCGGACUACCCAAUUGUUGCCGUAGACGCCCAGCUCAUACAGAGGGCGUUCCAAGAUGGCAGCGGCCCAGUUGGUGAAGUGUGGUCGACUUUUUCUACCGUCACUAAGAUGGGGACUGGUCCUGAUCUAACGUUUGGUAUCAUCUUUGCUUCCAAUCUACAAGGCUCAUACGCCAUCACACCCUCUAUCGCUGGUCUCACGUUUGAGGAUGCCAAGAGUAAGAUCUUCAACGCCAAGGAUCCCCGUCAGCAGCACGACUUCUCCGACGACAAACCCUUCACACUGACUGGCUGCACCGCCGACACCUACUGCCUCUACUACACGUCCCCGAUCAUUAACCUCAAUAACAAGGAAGUGUUGAUCAUGGGCGAACUGGAUAAAUGGAUACCAAUGUCACGACAACGUGUUCUCAACGUUACCGUCGGCAACGUCAUCACCAUCGACAUGGUAGGAGCGAAACAGGAGAAAGUGGAGAUGUGGUUUUCUGUGAACGGAAAUAUGGGGGCUCUGGCCAUUGACGUGAACAACGACGGAGCGGCAACUCUUGUGUACGAGGACAAGGCAUUUAGCACCGGGGGACGUAGUCAGCCACUACACGUCGUCGUUGCUGCUGUCGUGGCGUUACUUGUCACCUUUGUCUCCGAUGCCUAUGUCUUCAGUGUAGCUACCUUCCCAGACGGACGUUACGAGAUAAAGAUCCAUAAUGUCACGUGGUUGAGCAGCGCCCCAACAUUCUUCGUCAUCAACGACACGCGCUUCUCCGCCGAUGAUGGCAGCCUCGUUCUCGACAGUAUCAACACUACCAUAUCCGGUACAGGCGAGUUCGGGGUCGAGGUCUCCAAGAACUUCCAUUACCGAGCUGGUGACGUUCCAGUCAUCACGAGUAUCGUCAUGUACGGGACAUCAAUCAUGUCAUUCAUAGUGCGCUUCCCCGACGGAGCCUCCAACACAAAUCAAAGCAACAUAGACGGUGUUAUCUGUGGUUUCCCCGGAUUCAAACUGGACACCACGUCCAAACUGGGAUACAUGUCGUUCGGGGGAGCUGACUUUCAAGAACAGUCCGUCGGAAGAUGGGAUCCGUCCGCAUCCAUCCAUGAUGGUUUGGAAGGUUCCAGCCCCUUCUCAGUGUUUGACUCGAGUGGAAAUGCUGUGGCAUUUGGACAACUGAAUAAUGUCAUGACGACACCAAUGUGGCACGACAAAACCAACAACUUCCUGUACUAUGGAAUUAUGGGAGGAAUCGAACAGAUCCCGACAAAUUUCUCCUACCACAUUUUGGCAGCAUAUUCCUCAGGGGGACCUGAAAGUAGUCUGUCUGUGUGGGGUUUCGUAAUCAGGAGCUUUGUAUACAAAGAAGAUAUACCGGCGGAUCCCUCUGGGGACACACUGGGGUACUGGACAGAUGAAGGGUCCUACUAUUUCGAUAAAACCGAUGGAAAUGCAACGUAUGAAGAUACAUUGAUCAAAGUGUUUGCUGAUGGCCACAAUAGAAGUAUACCAUACAGGUAUGUAGAACUGGACACUUGGUGGUUUACAAAGGGUCAAGGUGGAGGGGUCAAGGAGUGGACAGCACCAGCAGACAUCUUCCCCAACGGCAUCGAGUAUGUCCACAGGAGUUUGAACGUACCUAUUGUGGCGAAAAAUAAUUUCUGGUCCAGUGAUAACAUAUAUGCAACACAAAAUGGCGGAACGUUCAAUUUUGAAAUGGAAGGACACAUGGCAAUACCGACAGAUGAGGCGUUCUGGGACAAAAUCUUCAGUGAUUCCAAGCAGUGGGGAUUGGCCACAUAUAUACAGGACAACAUGACGGAAAUAUACCGUACUUUCCCACGGAUGCAGACGGACCUUAACUUUGCGCGAGAUUGGUUGGUUAAAAUGGCGACGUCUGCUUUGAGACACAACAUCACCAUCCAGUACAGUGGCGCCACCCCCACCAUGGCGCUCUUGGCACUCCAGUUACCGGCUGUCACCCAGGUGCGCGUCCUUGGAGGCUAUGGCACAGAAUUGGACCAGAGGAAUAUUCUUGCUUCGUCCGUAUUCUCCGCACUUUUAGAUAUGUUGGUCUUCAAAGGUGUGCUCCGUACACAAGACCAGAAGGGAGGCACUGGAACAAUCUCUGCAGCUCAGAGCAGCGUGAUAGCUGUCCUGUCGCGGGGUCCAGUGGGGAUUGGUGACCAGAUCGGACAUACCAAUACUUCCAUCAUCAAUCGGAUAUGUAGCUCUGAUGGAACUAUCCUCAAACCAAACAGCCCUGCACUCGAAAUAAAUGCUCAGGUUGUGCAGAUGACAUUUCAAGAUGGCAGCGGCCCAAACGCCGACAUCUGGGCGACACUCAACGGCCUGUAUAGGGGUGGACCAGCCCCGGAACAAGUGUACGGGAUUAUCUAUGUUUCCGGCUUGAACAGGACGUUUGACAUCACCCCGACGGCAGCCGAUAUUGGGUUUGAAUACCCAGUGAGCAAGAUCUUCUCUGCAGCUGAUCCAACAAAGCAGUACGACUUCAGCGACAGCAAACCCUUCACCAUCCCGCCAUGCCAACUGGCAUUCUGCAUGUACUAUACGUCACCAGUUAUAAAAUACAAAAAUAGAGAAGUUCUUGUUCUUGGUGAACUGGAAAAGUGGGUACCAAUGUCUCGCAACAGGAUCGUCAAUGUCACCGUCGGCGACGUCAUCACUGUCUACGUCAAGGGUCAGGCGGGGGAGAGUGUUGAGAUGUGGUUUGCCGAUGAUGUACGGUUCGGUGCUUUGAAAACUAUUAUAGGGACAGACGGCCUGGGUAGUAUCAUAUAUGAAAUAAAAUCUCAUCCUGUUAACAACUCUGACCUCAGAAGAGCUUCAACGGUUGCUGUUGUCAUGGGCAUCCUAACAACAAUGAUGCUCAUGAUGUAAGACGAAAGUGACUGCAUUGUUGCUGGUUGGUCGACACAAGGCCAAAACUCCAUCUCAUCUCAUUGGGUUAAUUCUGUAUCAAUAAGCAGUUACAUUUUCCUGGUGUACUCCUUUUCCCUUUAACGUGACAGAGAUAUCCGUACUGUUCGAUUGGCUGUUUUUGUUCUUUUAAAGCUUGGUGCGGAUUUGAACUGAACCAUUCUGUCCUUCCAAAGUCGGCAGGAAAACAGUAUUUCUUUUUACCACAAACACAGCUAUCGUUCAUACAGGUCCUGACACAACUGAAGAGUAUCAGGCAUUCUGCAAUACAUUUACCAUUCUAGAUUUGUUCACUUGUUCUGGGCUACUUUCUGUUACAUAUGAAAAUAAAUAUAUUAUUACCUAACAUAUCUUUUCCAAGAAAUGUUAGCCUGUGAAUGAUGCACAGUAGAUUAAACCUGCCUUGUUACUUACGUAAUAAAAUAUCGGAAUCUGUGACUACAAAAACAUCUCCCAGAACAAUUUGUCAAUGAUCAACUGUAUCACAUAUGGAAUAAGCUCCAUGC